CAACCGUCCACCAAGCGGAUCGCUAUCUCAAAUGCUAACGAAAAGUCGAAAACCCUCCUCCUCCUCCUUCCUGUCGGAGAAACCGAAGCCCAGCGACAUGGAUCGAUCUUUUUCCUCUCGCGUUCCUAUUCCCCGACCUUGUGCAAGAAGGCGGCUCUACGUUGUAGCUUCGCCUUCGGUCUUUCAAGCUCGCUUUUGAUCUGAAAUAACAUCCGUUACGUAUUCAUAGCGGCCGUUACAAUGUCCUGACAUGGCGCGGCGAUUUCUUCUUUGUCUCUAUCUGCCAUCCCCGUGGUUCUUAUUUGCCAGAAGAAGAACGCCACAAGCAAUUGCAUAUAUCGCGCACCGGCGUCAGAUCGUUCUUUCCCAUCCACAAGAAUCUCGGCGUCUCGAAUCGUCUUCGACAACGUCUUCCCGUCGCUUCAGAUUCAAGCACACUGUCUCAAGCAUCGCCACCCUGUUCGUCAGCGACAUAAUUCCAAUCCGAUGGCUCCAGAGGCUUGGCUGAUUGCUGAAAGCGAUGAGGACCAGAGGCUUCCUCACCACAGGAAUCCCAGAGAGUUUGUCCCCAUGAGCAAGCUGCAAGAAAUUGGGGUUAUCUACUGGUAUUUGGAUCCCAAAAACUAUGAGAGCAAUGAAGAACUGAAGAAAAUCCGGGAAGACAGAGGAUACAGCUACAUGGACCUUCUUGAGUUAUCUCCUGGGAAAGUUGAGAACUAUGAAGAGAAACUAAAGAAUUUUUACAGAGAACACAUCCAUGCAGACGAAGAGAUCCGUUACUGUUUGGAAGGCAGUGGCUAUUUUGAUGUUCGUGACAAAGACGAUAUGUGGAUACGAAUUUGGAUCAAAGAGGGCGAUAUGAUCGUCUUACCUGCUGGCAUCUAUCAUCGCUUCACCCUGGACACAUCAAACUAUGUUAAGCUGAUGAGGUUGUUCAUUGGAGAACCUGUUUGGACUGCUUACAAUCGCCCGCAAGAGGAACAUCCUGCAAGACAAGGCUACGUCGAGUCUCUGAUGAAAAAAGGUUCAGGAGUUGCUGUGGCAGCCCACUGAAACACAGGUUACCAUACCAAACACAUUACAUAUGGAUCUUUAAGUAUCUACUAUUGUGGAGUGUUCCCAUAAACUCAGUUUCUUCUGAUACUUACUCUUGCUAUAAACGCAUGUACUGAAGAAAGUAUUGAUAUUGAAUAGCAUACUAUUCCGACAA